ACUUGAGAUACUCAUACACGCCCCCCUUUCCUGACUUCAAGAUGAAGACAUGGACUCUAUGCGGGAUAUUAUUUAUGAAUAUUAUUGUUAAACAAGUGCUGACUGAUCGAGUAGUGAAUGAAGCUAUUAAACACGAAACUAGACUUUAUAAUGAUUUAUUUAGUAAUUAUGGUAGAGGCUUAGUACCAAGGCAGAAUGAAACAGGCUCGGUAACUAUCGAGCUGGGAAUUGAAUUAAGCAAUAAUAUAGACAUGGGUGGGGGAAGAAUAUACGUUCAACAACGAUAAAGCUAUUUUGUAUAAUUCCGGAAAAGUGUCUUGGAUGCACUCUGUGCGCUUAUCGAUCAAAUGUCAUAUAGAUUUAAUCAAAUUCCCAUUUGAUACGCAGACUUGCGUGUUUAUAUUUGAAUCAUGGAUAUAUCACGGAAACAUACUUAAUGUGACGUAUUUACGUGGUGACGCAUCAAAAGCGUUUUACGUUAUUGGUCGCAGUAGAAAUAGUUGGAAGAUAAUUAACAAUACGGCUCGGCUAAAAGAAACAUAUUAUUCCUCUUAUACUUCCGAGCCAGACCAAACUAUGGUCUUUACUGUGGUACUUGAGAGGAAGCCAAUAUAUUAUAUACACGUUUAUAUUCUACCUGCUGUUAUCUUGUCUUUACUGAUUCCAUUUCAACUUUUUCUACCACCAGAAUCAAGAGAAAGACUCACGCUUGGUUCCGUAUUGAUAUUAUGUAAUAUAUUGAUGAUAUUCAAGCUACAAGAGAUUCUACCAAAACAACUUUUCCGUCUUCAAUUACUUGGUGUUUUCUAUACUUUGAAUUUGAUCUGGUCAUUUUUCGCUUCACUAGCAACUAUCUGUGUUCUGAAUGUCCAUAACAGAGGACCUAGACAAGGCAAGGUGCCCGAAAUCAUUAGAUGGAUUUUUUUACGAUGUCUAAAACGUAUCGUGUGUUUAGGAAAUGACCCAUGUUAUUCAGCUGGUAGUGUUUCAAUGAAAGGCUUAGAGAAUCCUAUGUCAAGCAGCUCCACUGAUGGACAGAAAGCGAGUGAAACUGAAAACGGAUCAAAGUUAGAGACUGAUGUUGAAGAUUUAAACAGACAAAUUCGUUUUUUUACAAGACGUGCCCGUAUGAACGAAGUAAAAGAGGAGGUGGUUGGUGAAUGGCAUCAAGUAGCUCUUGUAAUUGAUCGUGUUAUUUUGUUCCUCUUCCUACUUUCUAUUGCUAUAUAUACAGCUGCUCUACUGGGAUAGGAUUUAUUGUAUAUUGAUAUAAACAGUUGCUCUACUCUGAUAGGAUUUAUUGUAUAGGGAUAUACUGUAAACAGUUGCUCUACUGGGAUAGGAUUUAUUGUAUUGUUAUACAGUUGUUCUGCUGGGAUAGGAUUUAUUGUAUUGUUAUAUAUACAGUUGUUCUACUAGGAUAUGAUGUAUUGAACUGUUAUAUAUAAAACUGUUCUAUUUGGAAGGAAUUUAUUGUAUUGUUAUAUAUAAAGUUGUUCUAAUGGGAUAUUGCGUAUUCAUAUAUAGGGUUGUUUUACUGGGAUGGGAUUUAGUGUAUUGUGAUAUAUACAGUUGAUUUACUUGGAUGGGAUUUAGUGUAUUGUGAUACAUACAGUUGUUCUACUGGGAUGGGAUUUAUUGCAUUGUUAUAUAUACAGUUGUUCUACUGGGAUAUGAUUUAUUGUAUUGUUAUAUAUACAGUUGUUCUACUUGAAUAGAAUUUAUUUACAAUUUUAUAAAGUUUGUUCUGCUGACAUUCAUUGUCUGUAAACGUAUGUAUUGAUAUAGUUAUUCAUAUUUUACUAAUGUAGUUGGAUUGGGUUUGAAAUAAAGACACCAAAAUUCUUGAUAAAACGAUAUUUUGUGGCGGGAAACGUUUGAUAUAUCCGACAUCGUCAACUUUUAAAAGUCUUCAUCACAAAUAUGAUAUUCAAUGUAAUGUAUGUUCUGUUAUUACUGGCAUUUGCAAUAAAGAGAGAUAACUCCUCUUCUCACGAUU